UAAUCCCCUCCCCUUCCCGCCGCGCGCGGCCCCAGGGAAAGCGGACCACCGGCGAUGGACGAGGAGGCGACGCGCGGCGAGACCUUCGAUCCGGACCUGAUCCACGCCAUCUUCAAGCUGGUGUGGAGCCGGCGGGGCGACAGGGGUGGCGGCGGCGGCGGUCCUGACGAAGAUGCCAUCGAUGUCGAGCCUGUUCCGGAGACAUCAAGGAGGAAUCGUAGUGCCACUGCCAAUGCCAGUGCGCUUAAAGUGAGCUGUGAACUUCUACGGAUAUUUGUUACAGAGGCCGUUCAACGUUCUGCUUUUAUUGCCGAAGCAGAGGGCACUAUUACUAUUGAACCAACCCAUCUGGAGCGUGUGUUGCCACAACUUCUUCUGGACUUUUGAGAUACUCCAAGGAUCUCUAUCUUCCAAAUUCUAUAGGUCACCAUUGGUUGAAAGAUAUGAAAACACCUAAUUGCAGAUAGUUUUAAACUAUGGCAUCAGCAAAACCAUGUAGUUUCAUUAUCUAAAAUACUAAAAUGGCAAACUCGUCUGGUUAAAUCAAUUUACUGACUUGAUGUAUACAC